GUUAGUUCUAACAACGCUUGCAGGGAGGACGACUCAACACUUAACGCUGACCAGUCCUUCUGUUCUGCAGGAGCUGAGCCUUUGAGGCCAACAGGCUUUGGUCUGACCUUCCUUCCAGCCUGGAACAUGGACACAGCUGCAGCCGUGAGUCUUCUGGCUCUGCUCGUGGCAAUGGCUGGCAUCACUCACGCUCUUCACAUCUCAGCCGGUCUGGAAGAAAGUGACAUCCUGCCAGGGAGCUCAGAGGAGAUCAUAGCCGACCACAUGUUUGGGCUGGAGAGUCAAAACCCAGACAACAGCAUGGACAAUCAGCUGCUGAGUGCAGUGCUGAGAGCUCUGCUGCUGGCCACUCACAGAGAAACCAGGAACUCUGUCCUCCACCAGCCACAGAGGUUUGGCCGUGAGUCCAGAGGACAGGUCGUGCCAGAGGAGCACAUUGACGCCCGCGACUGGGAGCCUGUUCCCGGCCAGAUUUGGAGUAUGGCUGUGCCCCAGAGAUUUGGCAAGAAAUAAAAAUGCAGGUUGAUCCUCACAUCAGCGUCCUGACACGAGGCCACGCAGCAGAC